UUGCGGGCCGGGCGGGAGUGCAGCGAGAGUGGGCCGGGCCGAGCGCAUUGCCCGGGAGGCGGCGGCGGCCGGGACGAGGCGCGGCACGGGAGCGAGAGCAGAGGAGCGCGCGGGCGGCGGCCAUGGGCUAGCGAGGCCGGGCCGAGCGGAGGGCAGCGCCCGCGCCGCGCGGAGAAGCCCCGCACACAAUAGCGGCGCGCGCAGCCCCGCGCCCUUCCCCCGCCCUCGCGCGCGCCCACCCCCCUCGCGCGCGCCCUCCCCCGCGCCCCGCGUCCCGCGCCGCCCGGGGGGAGCCGAGCCCGCCGCCUCACCUGCCGCCGGGAGGGGGCGGGCAUUGUUCGGCCGCUAUCGCGGCCGCCACCACCACCGCCGCGCGAGGCCAUGGGGGCCGCCGGGCGCCCCGGGCCGGGCCUGGAGAGGUCGCCGCUCCGCCGCUGAGGCGGGCCCCGCGCGCAGCCGGGCGGCGCAGGUGAGGCCGGCCGCGCCAUGGUGGACCCAGUGGGCUUCGCCGAGGCGUGGAAGGCGCAGUUCCCGGACUCCGAGCCGCCGCGCAUGGAGCUGCGCUCGGUGGGCGACAUCGAGCAGGAACUGGAGCGCUGCAAGGCCUCCAUUCGGCGCCUGGAGCAGGAGGUGAACCAGGAGCGCUUCCGCAUGAUCUACCUGCAGACGCUGCUGGCCAAGGAGAAGAAGAGCUACGACCGGCAACGCUGGGGCUUCCGACGCGCCGCGCAAACCCCCGACGGCGCCGCCGAGCCCCGCGCGUCCGUGCAGCGCCCGCCGCCCGCGCCCGCCGACGGCGCCGACCCGCCGCCUGCCGAGGAGCCCGAGGCCCGGCCCGACGGAGAGGGCUCCCCGAGCAAGGCCAGGCCCGCGGUCGCCCGCAGGCCAGGGGCCUCCGCGACCGCGGACCGGGAAGACCGGGGCCCCCCCACCAGCGUGGCGGCGCUCAGGUCCAACUUUGAGAGGAUCCGCAAGGGCCACGGCCAGCCCGGGGCGGUGGACACCGAGAAGCCCUUCUACGUGAACGUCGAGUUUCACCACGAGCGAGGCCUGGUGAAGGUCAACGACAAAGAGGUGUCGGACCGGAUCAGCUCCCUGGGCAGCCAGGCGAUGCAGAUGGAACGUAAGAAGUCCCAGCACGGCACCGGGCCGGGCCUGGGGGACGCGCCCAGACCCUCUUACCGGGGCCGCUCCUCUGAGAGCAGCUGCGGCCUCGAUGGCGACUACGAGGACGCGGAGCUGAACCCCCGCUUCCUGAAGGACAACCUGAUCAACGCCAAUGGCGGCAGCAGGCCCCCUUGGCCGCCCCUGGAGUACCAGCCCUACCAGAGCAUCUACGUCGGGGGCAUGAUGAUGGAAGGGGAAGGCAAGGGCCCGCUCCUGCGCAGCCAGAGCACCUCGGAGCAGGAGAAGCGCCUUACCUGGCCCCGCAGGUCCUACUCGCCUCGGAGCUUUGAGGACAGCGGAGGCGGCUACACCCCGGACUGCAGCUCCAAUGAGAACCUCACCUCGAGCGAGGAGGACUUCUCCUCGGGCCAGUCCAGCCGCGUGUCCCCCAGCCCCACCACCUACCGCAUGUUUCGGGACAAGAGCCGCUCACCCUCGCAGAACUCACAGCAGUCCUUUGACAGCAGCAGCCCCCCGACGCCCCAGUGCCAGAAGCGGCACCGGCAGGGCCAGGUCAUUGUGUCGGAGGCCACCAUCGUGGGCGUCCGCAAGACGGGGCAGAUCUGGCCCAGCGAUGGGGACAGCUUGUCGGGCAGGCUGCCUCAGGAUGGCACCUUCCAUGGAGAUGCAGAUGCGUCGUUUGGAACGCCACCUGGGUACAGCUGUGCUGCAGACCGGGCUGAGGAGCAGCGCCAGCACCAGGAUGGGCUGCCCUACAUCGAUGACUCGCCCUCUUCAUCACCCCACCUUGGAAGCAAGGGCAGGGGCAGCCGGGACGCACUGGCCUCAGGAGCCCUGGAGUCCACCAAAGUGAGUGAGCUGGACUUGGAAAAGGGCUUGGAGAUGAGGAAAUGGGUCCUGUCUGGAAUCCUGGCGAGCGAGGAGACUUACCUGAGCCACCUGGAGGCACUACUGCUGCCCAUGAAGCCUUUGAAGGCUGCGGCCACCACCUCUCAGCCAGUGCUGACAAGCCAGCAGAUCGAGACCAUUUUCUUCAAGGUGCCCGAGCUCUACGAGAUACACAAGGACUUCUAUGACGGGCUCUUCCCCCGCGUACAGCAGUGGAGUCACCAGCAGCGAGUGGGGGAUCUUUUCCAGAAGCUGGCCAGCCAGCUGGGUGUGUACCGAGCCUUUGUAGACAACUACGGAGUUGCCAUGGAAACGGCUGAGAAGUGCUGUCAGGCCAACGCUCAGUUUGCAGAAAUCUCUGAGAACCUGAGAGCCAGAAGCAACAAGGAUGCCAAGGACCAGACGACCAAGAACUCUUUGGAAACCCUGCUCUACAAGCCUGUGGACCGGGUGACACGCAGCACGCUGGUCCUGCAUGACUUGCUGAAGCACACGCCCUCCAGCCACCCCGACCACCCUCUGCUGCAGGACGCCCUCCGUAUCUCACAGAACUUCCUGUCCAGCAUCAACGAGGAGAUCACGCCCCGCCGGCAGUCCAUGACCGUGAAGAAGGGAGAGCACCGGCAGCUGCUAAAGGACAGCUUCAUGGUGGAGCUGGUGGAGGGGGCCCGCAAGCUGCGCCACGUCUUCCUGUUCACCGACCUGCUCCUCUGCACCAAGCUCAAGAAGCAGAGUGGAGGCAAAACCCAGCAGUAUGACUGCAAGUGGUACAUCCCACUCACGGAUCUCAGCUUCCAGACGGUGGACGAGUCGGAGGCGGCUCCCAGCAUCCCUCUGGUGCUGGACGAGGAGCUGGAUGCCAUGAAGAUCAAGAUAUCCCAGAUCAAGAAUGAUAUCCAGAGAGAGAAGAGGGCAAACAAGGGCAGCAAGGCCAUCGAGAGGCUGAAGAAGAAGCUGUCAGAGCAGGAGUCGCUGCUCCUACUCAUGUCCCCCAGCAUGGCCUUCAGGGUCCACAACCGCAACGGCAAGAGUUACACGUUCCUGAUCUCCUCUGACUAUGAGCGUGCUGAGUGGAGGGAGAACAUCCGAGAGCAGCAGAAGAAGUGUUUCAAAAGCUUCUCCCUGACGUCCGUGGAGCUGCAGAUGCUGACCAAUUCGUGUGUCAAACUUCAGACCGUCCACAGCAUUCCACUGACCAUCAACAAAGAAGAUGAUGAAUCUCCAGGGCUGUACGGGUUCCUGAAUGUCAUCGUCCACUCCGCCACCGGCUUUAAGCAGAGCUCAAAUCUGUACUGCACCCUGGAGGUGGACUCCUUUGGUUAUUUUGUGAAUAAAGCCAAGACACGCGUUUAUAGAGACACAGCGGAGCCCAACUGGAACGAGGAAUUUGAGAUCGAGCUGGAAGGCUCCCAGACCUUGAGGAUACUGUGCUAUGAAAAGUGUUACAACAAAACGAAGAUCACCAAGGAGGAUGGCGAGAACACAGACAGGAUCAUGGGGAAGGGCCAGGUCCAGCUGGACCCCCAGGCCCUGCAGGACAGAGACUGGCAGCGGACCGUGAUCACCAUGAAUGGGAUUGAAGUGAAACUCUCAGUCAAGUUCACCAGCAGGGAGUUCAGCUUGAAGAGAAUGCCUUCCCGAAAACAGACGGGUGUCUUUGGAGUCAAGAUUGCCGUGGUCACCAAGAGGGAGAGAUCCAAGGUGCCCUACAUUGUGCGCCAGUGUGUGGAGGAGAUCGAGCGCCGGGGCAUGGAGGAAGUGGGCAUCUACCGCGUGUCUGGAGUGGCCACAGACAUCCAGGCAUUGAAGGCGGCCUUUGACGUCAAUAACAAGGACGUGUCGGUGAUGAUGAGCGAGAUGGAUGUGAACGCCAUUGCCGGAACGCUGAAGCUGUACUUCCGCGAGCUGCCGGAGCCCCUCUUCACUGACGAGUUCUACCCCAACUUCGCCGAGGGCAUCGCUCUGUCAGACCCUGUUGCAAAGGAGAGCUGCAUGCUCAACUUGCUGCUGUCACUUCCAGAGGCCAACCUGCUGACCUUCCUCUUCCUUCUGGACCAUCUGAAAAGGGUGGCAGAAAAGGAGACCGUGAAUAAGAUGUCCCUGCACAACCUUGCCACAGUCUUCGGCCCCACGCUGCUCCGGCCAUCGGAGAAGGAGAGCAAGCUCCCUGCCAACCCCAGCCAGCCCAUCUCCAUGACCGACAGCUGGUCCCUGGAAGUCAUGUCCCAGGUCCAGGUGCUGCUGUACUUCCUGCAGCUGGAGGCCAUCCCUGCCCCUGACAGCAAGAGACAGAGCAUCCUAUUCUCCACUGAAGUCUAAAGGCCCAAUUCCAUCUCCGAGAGGCCGGCAGAACAGCCUGGAAAUCUCCUGGCAAAACGGGCUACCCACAGAGCGGGAACCGAAUCUUCUUGAGGAGUAAUUGGGCCACCUCGCCCCCAAGGGCUGGACCACCUGCCUAGAGACAGCUACCCAAGGCAACAACAGGCUAAGUGGCCUGGGCAGUUCUGGGCCUCUGGGUCCUUGGGUCUGUGAGCUCCCGCCGGGCCUCAGACUGCGGUUUUCCAUGCUGCCACCAGAGGGCGCCCCAAGCCAGCAUGUCUCGGCGCGCAGGCCUGGCCGUGGGACCAGGCGAAGGGAGUGGUUUCUGCGAACUUAUCAGAGUUUAAAAGAUUUCUACUGGAUCACCCGUCAAGAUGCACCCUCUCCGGGGAGAAGGGAACACGACCAGAUUCCCUCACUAUCGUGUCUUGAAUAAACACCGAUGCUGCUUCAUACCGUGCGGGCCACAGCCCUGUCCCUGGGGGGGGGGGGGGGCCUUUUCAGUUUCCCUGACUUAGAAAUUCGGCUCUGUUUGUGUAACAGGGUUUGGAAGAGCUGAGUCAACACUGUGUAGCGUUUGACCUCUUUCACCUCCUUCCUUCUCUUUCUUUCUAGAAGGAACUCUGUCCAGAAAUGGGUCUUCCUAUUCUGUCCUCUUGCUUUGGUUUUGCUGUUCAUGUGCCCCUCGGAAGGCAGCUCCCCAUGGAGUCAUGUAACGUCUGUCUGUCUGUCCAGGACUGACACCAGGGGGAGGGAGGCCCAGGCUGCGCACUUUAUGGCUUCUUCUCCAGGGAUAGCGACCCUGUCCACUGCCUGCUGGGCACAGGCUCUCCUCUUCGGCUUAAAAAGGCCUCAAUCUCUCUGGCUUCCUCCAGCCUGUUGCCCCCUCUGCCCACACUCUCCCUUCCCCCGAUCGUCCCCCCACACAGAUCACUUCAUUCUCUCGCUCUCUGCUGAACAAACUCAGUAAACUUUUGUAAAAGUUUCCUCUUGGCAGCGACAGCUUGCUGACAGCUUGUUUUAAACUUUGAUCCGAAUAGCCUUUUGAUACUUGAAUAUUUUUAAGUUUUCUACAUAGUUUCUAAUUUUUUUCCUAACAGAUUCAGAUACCUAAUACGAUAUUAGAAUGUACUCCACAGACGGUCCGUGUCCCAGCGGCAUUUUGUCUUCCUCCACACGCCGGCUCCGUUUCUGUCAGGAGCCGGUUCUAAAGUCUCCUGAGCAUCAGGAAUGGGGGAGGGUUAGGAGCAGGGGGGGGCUGUUCUACUGGCCAGGCUCAGGGUGCGGGGCUCCUGUCCUGGAGCAGGCAGAAGGACAGACGCGCGCACACACACACCCCCCCGCCCACCCUUCCUGCUCUCUCCAAAUUCCAGUAGAGAAGCCGGGACAUUCCUAGUAACCCUCCUGACCACCCAGCUUAAAGAGAACGAGGGAGGCCGCUAAGUAUUUUGAAGAAACAAAUCUAUGAAAAAUUGCUUUUUUUUUUUUUUUAAGAGAGGGUUUAGGUCAAGGAGAAAAGGAACCACAAGAAGCCAAGUUUCCAUGCUGGUCUUGCAAGAAGAGAGGAUGUAGUGAACCAGAGGAGGGAGGUGAUGGUGUGACUCAGGAAAAGGUGUUUGCUUGUCACGUGAUUACACCAGUACCUGGUGGCAGUGUCCCAUGAUCCUUCCCAUGUCCUGGGUGGCAGGGGUGGGGGUGGGAGGGCUCUCUGACAAAGCAGCUCCCGCCUGAACUUGCAGCACAUGGCGGGGGGCUGGGGGGGGACGAAAUCUGCCCCCCAACCUCCCCUCCGCUUGUGGACCUGCUGAAGCAGGGGGGCGGGGGAACGGCAGAAAACAGUCUCUUGAAGGUUUUAUGUCCACAUACUAUGUUUCUUUGUACUUUUUUCUUUCGAGGAGAGCAGACCUACCAUUUUAAAGUAGUCCUGCUUUCCUGGGUGCGGGGGGGUAGGGCAGGGAGCAGGGUCCUGUGCCCUCUGCACAUUUCUGGAUUCACUGGGUUUCUUUCUCAGGCCUGCUGCCCUGGGCCGCCUCUGGCCUGGCUCCCCAUCCCCAUCCAUCUUAGCAACCCUCCAGCCCUGCAAGGGGAACGCACUUGGCUUAGAAAAUCUAAACCCAGCCCUCGUUUCUGUUCCCCUGGUGUCAUGAUUUGCAUCUGUCGCAUUGAAACUGGAAAGCAAUAUAUCAAUGUCCGUGCCAAUUUUCAUUCCCUCCCCCGCCUCCUCCCCCUUUUUACUUUUUAUUUAUGUAGAAUGUGUGCUGUUUAAUGACGGAAUGACCACUCUUUCUCGUGUAGCUGUAAAAGCGCUCUUUUGCCGGGCCACGAGGGCAGCGGUCGCUUCGGGUCCCCGGCCGCCUCUGUGGUCCCAUCUCACACAUGGGCCUGUGGGCUGGUAAGGCCUAGAGCCCAGACGAGCUUCCACGAGGCUCAGCUGCUGGACUCUGCCAUGAGGAGUGAUGCCUUCCUGCCCCAGCCCCCGAGUCUGGAGCCGUGAGCUCGGCUGGUCUCAGCAGCUGCAAUUCCUGCUUUGGGCUCAGCCUUCCAUAUACCACGGUGGGGAGAAGGAUGCUGAGACUUCCAUUAAAGUUACCUGAGACUA